UAAUAGUAUUAGGAAUCGCACAGAGAUUUCCCUGCAGUCUCCACACACUCUCUAGGGUUUGGGUUUCGAAUUUCGCAGUUGGGAUAUCCGAAGAUGUGGCACGAGGCGAGGAGAUCGGAGAGGAAGGUCCACGAUAUGAUGGACGCGGCUCGGAAGAGAGCCCAGAGACGAGCUGUGUUCUUGGCCAAGAGGCGCGGCGAUCCUCAGCAAUCGAUCCAGGUUAUGGGCUCACGAUGCCGUACGUAUCGCGACGAUGCUUUAUACCAGGCUACCCAGGAUCAGCAAGGCCUGAUACCUUGGAAUGGAAAGCAAGAUAUUUUGAUUGACAGGUUUGACGGCCGUGCACUACUUGAUUUUAUCCGAGAAUCUGGGUCCCGGCACUUUCGACCCCAAGAAAAGUCAGAAGAAGAAGAAGAACUAGAAGAGUUUGUUAACUUUGAGCGUUACCGGGAUUUAAUUAAGCAUCGACGCAGAGGAUUUACUGAUGAGGAGGGUUUGCAUCAUGUAAAUCAAGAGAUGGAGGCAAAGGUGGUUGCUCCAUUUACAUCAGACAGACCUCAGUUGCCACAACCUUCUGCAAGCAAGGUUUCAUAUUCACAGGUGGGUUUCUCCUACGAUGGAGAGGUGAAAGAUGAAGACCGUAUAUCUGAAGCUGAUGAUGAUGAUGAAGAAGACGAUGAGGAUGAUGAGGAUGAUGAAUUUAACAGUGAUAACAGUAGUGAUGAAGAAAUGGAAAAAAUUGCCAAAGAAUUUGGAGUGAACCGAUAUGGCUAUCUCAUUUAUAUGGAUAAAAAGGCCAAAGAGGAAGAGAAAAGGCAGAAAGAAGUGAUCAAAGGUGAUCCUGCAAUUAGGAAGCUGAGUCGCAAGGAGAGAAGGAAAGCAUCUCAGAUAGAAAGAGAAAGAGAAAGAGAAGCUGCACGGGUAACUGGAACCCGUGUGCUACAUCAUGAUCCCUAUCGGGAAUCUCGUCGAAGUCCAACUUAUGAAGCUUAUUCUCGUUCAAGAAGAUCGAGAUCAAAGUCACGGUCUUACUCACCAUCUUACUCGAGGCGCCAUUCUCGUGGUGGACAUUCUGACGACUUCCAUCGAAGCAAACUGAAGACUCCCAGAAUAGAGUAUAUUACAGAAUUUGGGGGCUCUGGAGGCGGGAAUGAACAAAAGCUUGAAGGAUAUUCUCCACCACCAUCUCCUCCAUCUCAGGCUGAUAUGUUGAACCGGCCGUCAUCUGGUCACAUACUGGAGGCACUGCAUAUUGACCCAGCAUCCGGUGUUUCCCUUGAUAAGGAGAAGAGCACUAAAGUAUCGAAACCUGCAAUGAGUACAUCGUCCGCCUUGGCAAAGUUAACUAAGACUACUGCUAGCGGUGGGCCUUUGAAACAACCCCCGGGGGAGAAGAAGGAAACUCCUCAGGAGCGACUUAAGAGGAUCAUGAGCAGACAGCUAAAUAAACAAAUUAAGAAAGAUACUGCUGCUGAAAUAGCUAAAAAACGAGAACAAGAGCGCCAUAGAUUGGAGAAAAUGGCAGAAACAAGUAGGCUGAGUCGAUAUAGGCAUCGCAGCAGAAGCUAUAGCCGUUCUCCCUCAAGAAGCUAUCGACGCAGCAGAACUCCAACUAGAAGUAGGAGUUCUCGAAGGCAUCGCUCCCGCUCCCAUUCACCUUCUCAUUCUCGCUCCCGCUCCCCCUCCCGCUCUCAUUCACAUUCCGACUCACAUUCUCGAUCACCAAGGAGAAGAAGCCGAUCAAGGUACUAAUGUUACGGGUUGCAAUAUAGAUGUCCGUUAGGGGAAUUUUGUAUAUCAUUACGAGUGUUUGCUUCUAAACUAGCUGGGGCAGUUUCCGCUUAUAUGCUUACGAGUUAUGAAGAUCAGUGGUGUUGUAAGAGAGGUGGCAGUAUGAACUGCUAGAUCAGUUUGUGAUUUAUUUUCCUGAUUGUACUCCCCUAAUAAACUAUUAGUUUUAUCAAGACUUUUUGUGCAUUCAACUUUGCAUAUUGUUGCUAAAGGUUGCAUAAUUUAUGGUAUUACGUUUGAGAUGA